AUGGAGCUCUCCCCGGGAACGGGUGACGCCCUCAUCCACGGUCCUCAUCCGAAUGCGUCCCCGACUUCGAUGGCGGCCGCAACUACCACCACGGCCGAGGCCGUUCACGCUUCAGCACAGUCAACUACUACCCCCGAGAAACCACUGUCCCGAUCAGCCUCUCUUUUGCAACAGAAGCGGUCUUCACUGCCUCCUCGUGCUCACGCCGGAGCUCGCCACGCCAAACGCUUAACCCUAAACUUUCCCAUCAACAUUCCGCUGGACCAGCCUCCAGCUGCUGCCUCCGAUCCGAGUGUCUCUUCCCCAGGAUCCAUGACCCCCGUGACACAGUCGUCGACUCGUCCGUCCCCUGCGCUCCCCGCGGGGACUCCUAUGCCGUUCGAUGUCGAGGACGACGGCUACGAUUUCCUCCGCGCCAUCGCCUCGCAGGAACGAAAGGUAUUGGAGCUUCGAGAGGAGCUGCACCGGGCCGAGACGGAGCUGUCGACCUUGAAGAAACAGUGGGCACAAUCAGAGAAGACAAGGAAACGGACCGAAAUUAACCUCCAUGCCGAACCGCUGCUGCCGCUGCGAUCUCCCGAUCUCAGUACACCCGAGGCAUCAAAUUCACACCACCGGGAGCAGAGCUUGAGCUCGGUCGCAAGCUCAUCGGUGUCGCAAGAGCGGGUUAGUCGGGAGCUCGAGAGACGUUCCAGUGUUCGUGUAGCUCCUGUGGCUCCUCCUAAGGGAACGACUAUCUCGGCCAACGGUCGGCGAGUGUUUCAGGGGUCUCACACCCGGACGCUCUCUCUGCUAUCCCCGGUUACCGCGAGCAGUCCGUUGACUGCGGGUGCCAACACAUCUGAUAGUGAUCGAGUAGGUCGGACUCCACGAUCCGCGACUUUGCCCUCGGUUGAGCGCGAAACUGUCUCUAGUAUUGGAAGUCCCAUGGACGAGAGCCAAGUCCCAGAGCAUGUGCUGGCUCAGUGGCGAAAGAAUAUGCCCCCUCCUUCGAGGGAGGCUCUGGUACGAACGGGCAAGCAGAUGGCUUCGGAUCUACGCGAAGGCUUGUGGACAUUCUUCGAAGAUAUCCGACAGGCUACGGUCGGCGAGGAAGGUAUCAACGCGACGGAAUCACGCACCAUGUCUCCACCCAACGGGUCACUAGCACCAUCUACCGCGCGCAAGCGAGACUCUUUGGCGAAAUCACGCAGUCGAGAUCGACUCUCUGCAACGGGAACUGUCUCACGAUCGUCGUCUUCAUCGUCAUCACGGGGCAGGGGGACAGCGGCCGAGAAAACAUCUGGUAAAGACACCAAACCGGCGGACAUUUCUACGUCUUUCUGGCAUGAAUUCGGGGUUGAUUCACCAGCGCAGACGUCCCCCCGCCCCGGCGCUCAUCGCAGCCCCUCCGACAACACCAUCGCCGCCUCGACCCGACGGGACAAGACCGAAUCCGGGCCUCCCGAUCACCACUCCAGCAGUCAAGUCGAAACGGAUGAUGAUACCGCCGAUAACUGGGAUAUGUGGGAUACGCCGUUGCCUGCGUCCAAGAUCACGCAUACACCCUCGUCGAGCCGAUCGACGGUGGAAUCCUCGAAACAUGAUCAAUCGCCCAAUACCCAAGGCAGCAGCCCCCGAACGAGUGCUAGCUUUAGCGAGUGGAACCCGAGUUCCGCCGCGCCCGAUCCCAGCGUCACCGAAGGCAUCCCAUGGCCGACCAUCACGAAGCUGGCUCCCUCGAAACUCCAGCGCACCGCCUCGAAUCUCAUGGCCGAAUGGGAGCGUAGUCUUUCGCCAUCCCCGUCUCCCGAGCGGAAGGACUCACCCGGUUUUAAUCGCGGCAAAAACGACAAAAAGGACUAG